GUUCGGAGGUUCGUAAAGGUCGGCAGGUGCUGUUCGGCGCGCUACGGCUAGGGACACCGCUCGCCGCUCUGUACUCUGCGCUCUGUGCGUUGCUUGUGCUUCUUCGCUCGUCGGUCAUGGUGAGAAUCAUAAAUGGGGAAAUCGUCAGCGACGAUGACCCUCGAGUCGCCGGUCCGCAGCGGCGAGCAGGAGGAGGAGGCGGAGGAGGCGGGGUACAAGGAAGGGCAGGGUACGGCCGCGUUGCGUCCCUCCUCGACCCGCCAUCUACUACAGAAGCAAGCGGCGGGGGUGCAAGGGGGGCAGCAGCUGGGGGAAGAGGAGCAGGAGCGUCGACGGGACCCCUGGACAAACUGGCGGAGAUGAUAGGAGUGCAGGGGCGAACCGUGACCAUCCCCGGCGCACUGGGCGUGCAGGAGCAACAGGUCCCCUUCAUCUAUCUCAUGAUUGCUGCGUUGGUGGUCCUUUUCGGGGGCUGGAAGGUGGCGGCAGUUAUCGUGUUCGCCUACGUCAUCAUCAACCAAAAGCCCCGGGGCCGGUAGCGGGAGCCUAGGCCACCUCUCAUAUACUGUACCGCACGGACCUCGAGCAGCCACAAGACCCUGAGACAGGAAGGGGGAGAGAGACGAGAUGGAAGCCUCCAUUUUUUUCUCUGUACUUGUUCCAUGUCGACUUUUAUGCAAUUUCCAGGGGCUGGCCGAAUAAUGUGUUUUUUGCUCGUUGUUUUUGAUUUUUUUUCGACAAGGCGUAGGCUCGAAGGGGUCAACUAUGUUGCUAGGUCAGGCCACCUUACUACGCCACCUUUUUUGGCUUGUCAUUUUGUACCGUGUUUCUAAUGCUUGUUGGUUGUUGGUGCUUCGCACAUGCCUGAUGUCCAAGUUGGUCUGGUUGAGAUAUUCUACCUGGCGCUCGUUGACCCUCUGAUUUUUCGUUUUUUUGAGCGCGGGUUUCGCGCUUAUGUGAGUUCACCGAAGCACCAAGUAAGACAGUUGCUCGAUUCGUACCUUGUUCACGGCAAUGUCACUGCCAAAUCGGACACGUCACAUAGCUGGUGUGUGCUUUUUGCCUGUCCUUCAGACCGACCUCGAGCGGGGUGGAAGUAUACGCUUAUUCGGGUAUUACCCCCCCGCUUACCAUGUAAGUCUUAUCGCACUUGCGGUGCUACCUCCACCCUCUGUUUUUAGCCAGGCUUCAUUCAGUCGUUUGUGCUGAAAAGAUGCUACGAGAGUAUUGGAUCAGGACUUCCGAUUUUUCCGCACUGCGUCCUUCCCCCUUGCGUCUCCUGAGUUUUGUUUUGGGGCGCUACCGUCCACAUGCUCGUGCACGUUGUACAUCAAGCGGCGGUAGAACGUAACGAAACAUCACGAGUAUCAAUCGCGACCAGCAGGCAGCAAGCAACCGACUGGAAACGAGUGGAGAGGCGCUUGCAUGUUAGGGGGGGUGGAGGCUACCCUGUAGAAGCCUUUGCUGAGAACAUGGAAGGCUCUCAAGUCUUGUGCCGCACGGCGCAGCCAGCCGCGUAUACGUCACGCUCAGAUUUGUUGACCAAUUAGAAACUGCACGCCACAUUUUCUUUUUCCUCGCUGCCCUUGGCUUGGGAUAGCGGUUGCUUCUCGAUCUGUGUUGGCUCGCCGAGUGCGAUGUGGCGCAUUUAGUGUUGAGAGGAAAGUCCCGUUGAUGCAACAGCUCGUGAGUCGUGCCGCUGCCGCACCGCCUGAUGUUGUCCGACAGAACGGUCGGGGGGGGAGGUUGGCUACACUCUGCACCGUCAGUGGCGUUCGUGCCGCUGCGUGCUUUAUUGGUUGUUUUUGGUUGUUCGAGUAAUGUGUGAAUGCUGUGGUGUGCUGAGACUGCCUAAGUUCAGCCCGUCCAUGAAACUUGGGAUGAUGCCGGUCCAGUCCAGUCUCAAUUUUUGUGUGCAUCCGGAGUCCAAAUUCGAGAACUCGAGCACAAGGCAUCAACCCUGCCCCCUUUGUUGGUCGCAUUGUGCCUAUCGCCUUCGGAUUCAGUUGACGUUCUGACCUCUACUC